AUGAAUGUCCUGUUAAAUAAUUCGCUCAUCAAGUUCAAACAACAUGAAGAAUGCUUCACUUUAGGAAAUGUCGUGGACCAGUUGCAUUCAAACAGCGAAAAAAUGGUUGCAAGUAAUGUCAAAAAAGCGGCGAUUUUGGAAUCGUUGCGACAAGCUAGCAGACAUGACAUUAUUGCGUGUGGAGAAGCGAAAGAUUCACUCUUUAAAAAGAAGUUAAUCAUAAAAAGUCUUCACGAACAGAUCAAAAACGAAGGACGUGUGACUUUUCAUGAAGAGCGCGCAUACCGACAACUUUCAGCGGGAAAAUAUCGCGGGGCUAAUGAGCGGGCUUCUGCUGGAAGGUCCUUAAAUUCAUCUUUGAGCAACAGUUUAACUGUAAACAGAAAUGGGACAGAGAAAAAAUACCGCACAAAAGCUGCCUUAAAUACCAUGAAAGGAAAAGAAAGAGUACAAAAUCAAAUCGAGAUUCCGCAAAGUUUUUACAGUCGACACAUGAGUAAUGUGGAAAGCAACUUGACGGAGAACUUGGAAAUUGACGUCGAGAAAUAUUCGGGGACGAACAACCAUUUGAAAGGUUGUCUUCCUCCUCAGAUUCACACCCCGGAAACGAUAAGUGAAGAUCAACAGUAUCAUUUGGAAAAUGAUGAUUACAACGAAAGCCAAGACGUGUUUUUGAGCAUCAGUGGGAAGGGAAAUAGUACAAAUAGCGAAACAUAUUCAAAGGAAGAAAACAUAUCAUCGAAGGAAAAAGAAGUUCUGAACAGUUUAACUGAUCCUCAAUUGAAACAAUCCUUGCAAAAUAUAAUUCAGCGUCGAAGAAGCAGUGUGCGGUUUUUUAACUCUGAUUCGGGAUACGAGAUGAACAAUGUGGACACAAUUCAUAGCCUAGUGGAACAAACUCCAGAGGAACAACAUCAAGAGAUCGAGACUCAAAGAGAAGAACCCGCGAGAAGCGACACGACUCGAAGCGUUAAAUCGGCAAACAGUCGAAGGGUUUCGGCAAAUCGGGAGCGUCUGCCGAGCGCAGCGACGUCACAAUCGGGAAGUGAACGCGUCGAAGCCUUUAAACCACGAUUGCGAAAAACAGCACGCCAAGAACAAAACAUGUCACCAGUCAGGAGAGUUUCCUCUGCAAGGUCUUGCUUUAGUGCUGUUUCUCAGAGAAGCUUAAGCUCUCCAAUCUUACAAAGAAGAAAACUCACGCUACAAACGGGAGAAACGAGAAUCAUUCGUCCAGCGACCGCAAAGGGUUACGUUCCAAACUUAACGGGCAGAAAAACUGCGCGAAAUCAGUCCGCCAUGUCCUGUCCAGGUAUUUCUUUAAAGAAACAACAAGCAAAAGAUUUGGCCGAGGUUAACAUGAUUCGCGAGUUUCUUCUAAUGUACGCAAAAGUGACAACCAAACCGAGAACUGAUGAGGCACAAAAGCCCGUUCGAAUGAUAAGCGAAACACCUGAGUUGGUCAUAAAAAGCGCUAUUGGUCAGUUUUUGACCCGCGCUUUUCCCAGUGGGGAAAGACAGGAAUGGACUGGACUCAGCACUAGAUCAAUAAAGGAACGAUAUGAGGAGCAACAGCGUUCCAAACUGUUGAGGAUAAAGAUAUGCAUGAAGCACUUAGCUGCUGUUGCGUGA